AUGGACAUCAAACCCGAAGAGUGGGAUGUCAGCCAUGAAUGGAAAACAGUUGUACCUUACGGAAUUGAUUGUCUGUAUUCAAAUCAAUUUAAAAUAAAACAUAUUGAAGACAUUGUGUUUACUAUUGCUAUGAAAUUUAAUGAGACAAAAACUCAUCUUGAAACGUGGGUCAUAAAGUCUACUGCAAAGCCAUUGAAAGCUACUGUUUGCUUGUCAGUAAAAGACAAAUGUAAAAAGAAGAGCCAGAUAGAUGAGUGGAAAGAAAACUGCUUGUUCGAAAACUUCUUAGCAUUUCCAUCUCAACUUGUGCCUUGUCAAGUCUUCGAUUCAAUUCGCGGAGUUAAUUUUUAUGUCUACGAAGUCACCAUUGAUUGCAAAAUAAUUUUGCACGACUAUAAACCAGACUUUGUGCCUGAUUUUUUCUAUGAGAAUCUUCUGCAUUUUCGGAAGUCCCACGAUCUCAGUGAUGUGACUCUUAUUGUUGGCGAUGUCGAGAUACCGGCUCACAAAGUCAUUAUCGCUGCUCACAGUCCGAUUUUCAAAGCAAUGCUGUUAUCUGAUAUGAAAGAAGCUAAAAAAGGUGUGAUUGAAAUAAAAGGUCUGAAGGAGGAUGUUAUAGUCGAGAUGCUAAAUUAUUUCUACACGGGAGAGACUAAAGCGAGUUUUGAUACGGAGCUUGCAUUGCAGAUGAUUGAAGUGGCUGAUAUUUAUCAAAUCAUGAGGCUCAAGAACAUCUGCGAAAUGACUUUGUUGAAAAAUAUGUCUAUUGAUAAUAUCGUCGACAUUAUUGAUGUGGCUGAUGAUCAUAAUAUUGAAAAAUUACGUAAAGAGGCAAUUAAAUUUAUGCCUGAACUAAUGUUUGAAUUAAUGAAAGCUGUUGGUAAAAAGAAAUAA